CACAAAAUGGCAAUGGAGGCAGAAGAAGUCGACAUGGCAGUGACAGAUGAUGGACCCAUGCCACUCUCUAGACUCGAGCAACAUGGAAUCAGUGCCAAUGAUGUCAAAAAACUUGUUGAUGCUGGAUUCUACACAAUAGAAGGGGUAGCAUAUACACCAAAGAAAGCUCUCCUUGCGGUCAAAGGGAUCAGUGAGGCAAAGGCUGAUAAAAUUUUGGCAGAAGUAGUGAAACUGGUUCCAAUGGGAUUCACAACAGCAACAGAAUUUCACCAAAAAAGAUCAGAAAUUAUUCAGGUUACAACUGGCUCAAAAGAGCUGGACAAGCUACUUCAAGGUGGAAUUGAAACUGGGUCUAUCACAGAGGUUUUUGGUGAAUUUCGAACUGGAAAAACUCAGCUUUGUCAUCAACUUUGUGUUACCUGUCAGUUACCAGUUGAUUGUGGGGGUGCAGAAGGGAAGGCCAUGUACAUUGAUACUGAAGGAACUUUUCGACCUGAAAGGCUUCUUGCAAUUGCUGAAAGGUAUGGGCUCAAUGGUCAAGAGGUAUUGGAUAAUGUUGCAUAUGCAAGAGCGUAUACUUCAGAUCACCAAACACAGCUGCUUGUGCAUGCUUCAGCCAUGAUGGCAGAGUCAAGAUAUGCACUUAUCAUCGUGGACAGCGCGACUGCUCUUUAUCGAACUGAUUAUUCUGGUCGUGGCGAGUUAUCAGCCCGCCAGAUGCACUUGGCAAGAUUCUUGCGUUACCUCCUCCGUUUAGCAGAUGAGUUUGGUGUUGCUGUUGUAAUAAGUAACCAAGUGGUUGCCCAGGUUGAUGGAGCAUCAAUGUUUCAAGCCGAUCCUAAAAAGCCAAUUGGUGGCAAUAUCAUGGCACACGCUUCGACCACCAGAUUGUAUUGCAGAAAAGGACGAGGAGAAACGAGAAUUUGUAAGAUCUAUGACUCUCCAUGCCUUCCAGAGGCCGAAGCCAUGUUUGCAAUCAAUGCAGAUGGAAUUGGCGAUGCCAAAGAUUAGUUAGUUAUCUGAUUUGCAUACAAACAGAUUUCAUGCCACUACUGUUUCCGUACGAUCGACAAUCAUUUGCAAAUUGUUGCAUUCCAAUUGAGAAAUAUUUUUCAAAUGACAUCUCUCCCAUUUCGGUGUUUGGCUAUCAAUAAGUUGCUUCAUUGAUGGACCAUGAAGAAAUUUAUAAGAAAUUAAAAUAAUGAUGGGGAAGAUAGGGAAAUAUUCUUAAACGUUUUUUAUCACUUAGCCUAUUCUUCUUUUAGCAGAAUAAAUGCAUUGGAAUUGCAAAAUACAUAGGACUUCCAAUUACCUUCCCACCUCUAUGGCUCCAUCAAUAACCUUGCUGUAAAUAAGAUUAAUUCUUCUACCAUUUUGUUGAGCGUUCUGUAAACUGAACGUUACUCACGAUUAAAUUUGAAUAUUAACUUAGACUGUUGACUUCCAGCAACUUUUUUUGUAAAUAAAAGCUUUUUAAUGACCCUUGUUCAUGUGCUAUAUCAACAUUAAUUAUGAUUUCUCCGCAAUUGCUUUGGUUCACCCAUUAAAUUUGCCUUCAAACCCGCAUUCAUCUCCUCUUUGUAAAACAGACUAACGAAUGUCCUUUAACUAUUGGCACUUCACUGAUGCCUACAUUCAUCCAUGAAAUAUGCCUUUGCUAGUCUAUUGACGAUUUCAUUUCCCAGUUCUGUUGCAGUAAUUUCAAUAAGCCCAGAAUAAGAGUAUACACAGCAAAUAUAAUGUGUGCGAUUUUAUUUUGCAGUUUUAAUUAUGUAUCAACAUUUCGAUAAUUUUACUUAUUUAUAUCAAUUUUCUUGUUUUAAAAAAUUGUUCUGGUUCAGCGUUGUCUUGGUCAAUUCAUGUCUUUUGAUGUUUUUGAAUUUCUUCUCGUGAAUACAACAGUAUAAUACAUACAUGCU